AUCAUUCCCCAGUUUGUAACCUUCCACACAAAAUGUUGGCCGUUUUUUUCCUCUUCUUGUGUGUGAGUGCCUCAACCCAAGGCACCCCUUCCAUCAUCAUAAUCGGAGCCGGCCCUGCAGGAAUCGCCGCCGCUUCGAAACUUUUCGAAAACUCCUUCACAAACUUACUAAUCCUCGAAGCCGAAAACCGAAUCGGGGGCCGAAUAAACUCGGUCAAACUCGGCGAAAAAUACGUCGAUUUGGGGGCUGAGUACUGCCACGGCCAAAAGGGCAACAUCGUCUACGAACUGGUCAAAGACUUGAACGUUCUGGCGCCCAUUUCUAGCCACUUUAAGCCGGCCCUGUACUACUCGAACGGGUCCAGAUUGCAGGACUCCUUCACCGAGGAGCUCCAAGCCAUUAUUUUAGGUUACGAUGAUUUCGAGACCAAUUCGAAUUUUUCCGGGCGCAGUGUGGGCGAGGUUUUCACGUCGAGAUACAACGCCACAAUUAUGAAAAAGUAUGAAGGCGACGCGGAAAAAAUCAAAUUAUUAAAAGAAGCACUUAGACUGGCUGAGAAAGUGUCACUGAUGAUUGAUGGUGCGUUUUCCUGGCUCGAAACUUCGCCAGUGAAACACUACGUGAGGAGCGAGGGACACCAGUUGCUAGUCUGGCAAGGGCUAGGCUAUCGCACCAUUUUACAAGUCUUGAUGGGGGAAUUCCCCGACCAAAAAUCCCCAAUCAGGGAAAAAAUUCGACUAAACUCGCCCAUUACGCAAAUACGUUACCACAAUUCGAGCAAAAUUGUUGUAACCACAACUAAUGGGAGUUACGAGGCCGAUCAUGUCAUUUUCACCCCUUCCGUGGGGGUUCUGAAGCGCGAAAAAGACACCCUGUUCCAACCCCCCCUCCCUGAACAAAAAUUACAAGCGAUUGAGGCGCUUGGUAUUGCAGGUGUUAUGAAAAUUGUUCUACAUUUUGAGAACGAGUGGUGGGGGGAUCAAGACUCGAUUUUUACUUUUUUGUGGGGUGAGGAGGAUUUAGGGAAUUUGAUGGGGGAGUUGAAGUGGGUGCAAAGUGUGGCACUUGUGGCCAAAGUUCCGGGGAAUCCCGGCGUUUUAGUGGCAUGGGUCACUGGCGGGUUAAUCCCCGAAAUGGAAAAAAUGUCAGAAGAUGAUUUGUUGAAGGGGUGUGUUUUUCUCUUGGAGAAGUUUCUAGGGAGGGAUUACAACAUCACGACUCCUGAUAAAAUUCUAAAGUCGACUUGGCACACAAACGGCCACUUCAGGGGCACUUAUUCGUACGAAAGGGCCGGUUUCGAGGGGGCCACCCGUUACCAGUCGCUUCUGGCAGCCCCUCUGGAGUCGCCGGAGGGCAAACCUGCGAUUUUAUUCGCUGGGGAAGCUUCAAAUCCUGUUCAUUAUUCGACAGUUCACGGUGCGAUUGAAAGCGGCUUUCGUGAAGCUUCACGUCUGAUAAAGUUGUAUCGUAAAAAUUAAUUUUGGGGUUGAAUAAAGUGAUAAAUGAGUAUAAA